AGGGAUUGGCGCGCCCAUUCAGCCCCCAGGGGCUGGCCCUGGCCCUCCCCGCCGGCUCCCUGCCGCCCGGCUCCCCGCUGCAGCCGACGUCGCCACUGUUUUCACGGCCGCCGGGGGGGGGGCCGCCUUCGACGGCCCCCCCCCCCCGCCAGCGGCGCCUGGGCCAUGCAGCCUGCGCUGCCGGCGCCCUGCCCCGCCGGCAGCUCCGCUCGCCCCGGGCGGGGGCCGAGGCGGCCUCGCGCGCAGGAGGCCGCUCCCCGCGGCGCCUGGCCGCCCCACCCGGUCGCGUGUGGGGCUUGCGGCUCCGCCGCGGCGGCGACCGCGAGCAGGCUGCGGAGCCUGGCGGGGGGUGCUGCGUCGCGGCGGGCUGGCGGCCCUCGGCGAAGGCGGACGGCCCUCGGCAGCUGGGGCGACGGUAACUUCGAGGACGCCGGGCGAGAUGGCUGGUCGCCUGGCGAGCCGUUGGGGCCCCCAGGGCAGCUGCCCGAGAAGUUCUGCGCUGGCGGCGCUGCGGGGGGGAAAGUACUCCGCAUCUUGUGCUACGGCGACAGCCUCACUGUUGGUUUCUGUGCAGGUGGCAGUCGUUGCGAGCCCUACGGGAGGUCCUUGGCGGUGGCCGUCGCGGAGGCCACGGGCCACGCGACCGAGGUUGAGGUGUGCGGGCACUGCGGCCACUCAACGGAUCAGAUGUUCAAGAAUCUAGACAGCGACCACGUCAUCGAUGUUUGUGGCGCCAUUGGCAAAGGACUUCGAAGGAUUGCGUCCGAGGCCAAGCCGCGCCACGACCUCGUUAUCAUAUCGGCAGGGACAACGGACGUUGCACAGACGUCUCGCCACCCCGACGACAUCCUCGACAACCUGCGAGCGUUCCACGAGGUCCGCGGCCCUGGGUCGCCCACACUGGCGCUGGCGCCCCUGGAGUGCCCACAGCACCUGCAGUCGAGGCUCCUCAGCUCGAGGCGGAACCGAGUGGCGAGGCUGCUCGAGUGGUGGGCCCGCGACCUGACUUCCGGCCCCGGCGUGACCUUCGUGGACCCGGCGGGCCUCGUGCCGGCGACGGUUGCGGACGGAGCGGACGGGGUCUGGGACUGGGACGGCGUCCACCUGGCGCCGAGGGGCUCCUCGCUGCUCGGCCGCUGCCUGUCGCCCGCGGCCGUGCGCUCCCUGCCCGCGACGGCGCGCCCGGCGGCCUCGAAGGUCAAGAAAUCUGCUGCCGACGUCGCCGCGGUCAUCAUGCAGGAGCUUGCAGAUCUGCAGCAGACUGCCUCCGUCAUGGCAGCGCUGGAGGGCAGAGAACAACAUGACCAGUGCGGCCUGGAGAUCUGGCGCUCCUUGGACCCAGAGGAGGCAAAGACAUUCCUGGGCGACGUGCAGGACGACUUCGCACGUGGUAUGCUGGCGCAGGGCGUCCCGCUCCACUCGGCGGCGCUGCUCUUCCUGCAGCCCGAGGCAGUGCCCUGCGUCGGACAGGAGGUGGAGAUGCGCCUCGAACAGGAGUCUGGAAUGCCGAGCAUCCACGCCGUGGAGUGGGCCGCAGAACGAAGUGGCGGCAUCAUGGCUUGCGUGCCGCUCAUCGAGGGGGCAAUCGGCAUCCCGCAUGGCGGGACGCUCGUAGAGAUUCUGGAUUUCGUGCGCUUCGGGGACGCAGGUGAUGCGCUCAUCCGGCUGAGGGCCGUCUCCAGCGCACGCCUGGUUAUGCGGCAGCCCGCCGACAAGGUGUCAGACUUCACGGUGGCUUUGUUUCAGGAGGUCGCCGAGUGGGGCCCGACAGAAGAGCAGGCUGGCUUGCAGGCCAUCGCGCGCGAGGCGAAGGCCGUGUCGGACCUGUUCCUGGAGUGCCGGCAGCUGCAGGACCGCAGCGGCUACAUGGCCGCCGGCGACUUCGUGUCGGCGCCGCUGCCCGCGCACACGCGGCGAGCGCUGGACGUGCUGCGAGGCGUGCGCCUGUUGCACGUCGGGCGCCCCCUGGAGCCCGAGGCCGAGCCGGUGGUCCGUGGAGCCUGCGCCACUGCCCACGCGGCGGUGGGCGCUUUGUCGGUGACAAUGCGCACGAAGUUCCUUUGCGACCCUGUGUCAGUCCUCACCCGGCUCGAGAGGAUCCGGGAGUUUCUUUCCAAGGUGAGUACGCUCCUCUGCAGCAAGCUCGCCAUCGACAAGGCCAUGAAUGAUGACGACUAGCACAGCAAUUUCUCAGUCAACCUGGCCGCGCUGAUUUAGGUGCACGGUCAAGGCCUCGAAUUUGCAUUGUAUUAUUUCCUAUUGGAGACAAUGCCAUUGUGUACCGUUCGUUUUCCAGACGGUAGGAAGCUCGCUUACGGAAUUGCAUUCGAUGGGUGGGUUCCAUCUUCCUUCUCGGAACUAUCACACCUGAUCGUUAGGGAGUUCAAGCGCACGAAGUUUUUGAGAUGCAUGUCAGGAUAAGGGGGUACCCGUGUAGCACGAGUUGCGGUGGCGCGCUAUCGGACGUUGAAUGUGUGUUUCGAGGUGCACGCGACGGUUUCGGACAGGUUUGGUUGGGGCCCCGCAGGGAAGAAACCUUAGUGUGUCUGGCUUCCCGGAACAUUCCCGCACGCACAUGGAGUAAUCGUUGGUUGAUGUGCUAAUUGAUUCCAAGAUUUUGUUCUAGACUCGUUGCGUUGCGCAGACAUGUUGUGUUGGCAAAGGGAUAGCGCAUAGUCUUCGAAUGCAGUGACAUGUCGGGGUGUGACAUGGAGGAUUGCAAACAUGCUCAGGUGUCGGCUUAAAAGCAAGAUAGGAGUAGUUGAAGUGGGUUGGGCGUGCGAGUGUGGGAGGUAUUCUCGAGGCUUCGCAUUUGAGUUGCGUGGCUUGGUG